CUGAGCCGUCGGGCGUCCGCAGGUGCCCGGCAUGGGGCUGCUGACCGAGCUGGCCCGCGGGCUGGUGCGGGGCGCCGACCGCAUGUCCCCGUUUACCAGCAAGCGCGGCCCACGGAGCUACAACAAGGGCCGCGGGGCCAAGAAGCUGGGCGUGCUCACCGCCAACAAGAAGUUCAUCCUCGUCAAGGAGAUGGUGCCCGAGUUCAUCGUCCCCGACCUGGACGGCUUCAAACUCAAGCCCUACGUCUCGUACCGUGCCCCCGAGGGCUCCGAGCCGCCUCUGACAGCCAAGCAGCUCUUCACCGAGGUGGUGGCUCCCCGCAUCGAGAAGGACGUGAAGGAAGGCACGUUUGACCCCAACAACCUGGAGAAGUACGGCUUCGAGCCGACGCAGGAGGGCAAGCUCUUCCAGCUCUUCCCCAAGAACUAUGUGCGGUAGUGAGCAAAGCAGCGGGGCUCCCGGGGCCGCUGCGGCCCCUCUGGCGUGCUGGGAAGAGCAUCGCUGUUGUGCGAGACGUGACCUGUGCCAGCAAAUAUGGGACAGUUUCUGUC